CUUAGUUUGAUAAAAUUUUUGCCCAACUCCUAAGCGCUAACUCUUGAUUGUCUGUUAGUUCACUUUGCUAUUCCUUCACUAUCCGUUUUGCCACCCCUCCUUGCUCUUUCCUUGGCAAUCCCCUUCAGCAACGCUUUCACUUGAUACAACUAAACCCUCAGGGAAUGGACUAAUAAUCGAUUAUAUCCAUAGAAGAUUUCUCUCUAGAGGCACUUCCUUCUUUCACUCCGUUUUUCUAGUUUGCAUUAGAGCUGCCAACUCCGUUACUGUCAGUGUUCCCAAUCCCUCAUUACUCACCACUACCCCUCCACGCCCUAGAUCAUGCCCUCAAAACCUCUAACCAUCUUUAUAGGCGUGGCGGUUGCAAUCAUAUCAUCCGCUGCACAGUCUAUCGGCCUCACAUUCCAGCGCAAGUCGCACCUCUUAGACCAGACACAGACACCGCUCUUGCGAAAGCACCCCAGCAGCGACGACGGCGAUGAUAGCUUCGAUCUCCCGGCGAACACCGUCACUUACAAAAAGAACCUCUGGCGCUUGGGGAUUGUGCUCUUUCUCCUCUCCAACAUCCUCGGCUCCACCAUCCAGAUCACCACGUUGCCACUCAUCAUACUCUCACCGUUGCAGGCCAUCGGGCUCGUGUUCAACGCCAUCUUCGCAUCCAUGAUCCUCAAAGAGCCGUUCAACUCGCUCACACUCGCGGGCACCGUGCUCGUCAGCUUUGGCGCUUUGGUCAUCGCCGUCUUCGGGGGUAAGGUCAGCCUCCAGUACGGCGUGGGUACCGACCCCCUGGACGCAUUGGACAUUGCGCGGCUCUGGGAGCUCUUUGCGCGCCGGCAAUUCGUCUACUGGUUUGCCUUCAGCAUGCUCACCGUGACGGUGCUUCUAUACUGGGUCUACGCGCUCCACCGCCAGAAGCGCCGCUUGCUCUACUCUCACGCCACCGGCAUCGAGUUGUAUCUGAGCCGACCCCGCCAGAACGACAACACACUGAUCGAGCGCAUCAACUUCAAGCAGGGCUUGGUCUACGGCAUGGUUUCAGGAAUCCUCUCGGCGUACUCGCUCCUCUUUGCCAAGAACUCGGUGGAGAUCAUCACCAACGCCAUCUUUGUGCAGCACAACUUCUUCCACAUCAUUUUUAACCGCCAGUACCUUGUCACAUGGAUCUUUGCGUUGUUCUUUCUAACGUUCGCCGUGUCUCAGUUGGUAGCCAUGAACAUGGGCCUCAAAAAGAUCUCCACAUCCAUCUAUUACCCGUUGAUUUUCUGCAACUACAACUUGGUCAACAUCCUCAACGGGCUUAUCUUCUAUGAUCAGUUGAACGAGUUGUUGUUUGGGAAGCGCCAGCACGGCUGGUGGCUCCUCUUUGCCAUUUUCGUGGGCGUGUUGUUUGUGGUUCUGGGCGUGUUUGCCUUGAGCUGGUCGCGCUUGGACGAGAACCAAAGUGACGGGUGCUGCGAUGGGGGCUACGAUUUAUACCUGAUCCGGAUGGACCCUACCAAGAGCGUCCCAGUCGAAGAAAGUGUGGUACCGAUGGAGACACCCAAAGCCACAUUCCAGGUCCACGUGACAAAUCUCCGCAAUUCCUUCUCAAGCUCGCUCGCCAAAAUCCGGACUGAGGUCAUUGCAAGGCACCCCUUGGGUCGUAAAAGCCUGGCCCGUGAACGUAGAGCCGCAUCCCACAUCACGAGCCACUGCCCCAGCAAUGCACCGUAUGACAACGUCGUAUACAUUGGAACCGGAGCUAUGAAGAAAAAGGGAAAGGGCCACAGGAAACAGCAUCUGGGAGAACUCAAAAAGUCGUCGAGCCACAAGACUGACAUAGAGUCUGUCCAAUCCACGCCUCCGCUCGAUGUGGUCCCGCAAUUCUCCACGCCCAUCCCCUCGGAUGACGAAUAUGAAGAGGAGCACUCGCAGUUUGUGUCGUUUGGGUCGCCGAUAGACUCACCGGUGGUGAUACGCGACUUGUCGUUAGAAAACGAUGAGGACCUCCAGUCAUGGGCUGAGCGUAGGGUGAGCAAUGGCGUCAGGUUCAGCAGUGGUCGUCCGGUACUCGAAGGCCUGGAGCACCUUCCGCGCCACCACAUUGUAUCGCCACUUUCGUCCGUCUCUCCGUUUAGAGACCGGCUUCCGUCGGAGGAUGACGACGAUGGUCUGUUUGGUGAGACCAUUGCCAAAAAGUGGCCGUUUGGAUGUGUGAACCAGAGUGAAAGCAGCGGUGGGAACAAUUCACCUGCAAGAGGUCGCCGGAUGCUCAGUUUUGAGCAGAGCGAGUUGCUUAGUCAACUCCGAAGCUAGACCAAAAGGAGCACGUUUCGUGUCUUAAUCUAAUGUUAAUGGUGUCGCUGCGAGUGUAAUGAUAAUGUAGUAUUCCCUGUCUACGGUUAGCCGGUAUACUUGUUAUAGAACUAUAAGGAUUGGCA